AGGCAAGUAGUGUGGCCUGCAAUCUAUCAUAAUAUACUCUACUUCAGCUCAUCGAAUGGUGUUAUCUUCAUUGGCAGCUGGUGAAGAGAUCAGGCUGGUCGAUGGCACUAGUCGCUGCUCGGGGACAGUAGAGAUUCUUUACAAGGGCCAGUGGGGACGAGUGUGUGGCCAGAAGUGGGACGUAAAAGAUGCCAAUGUGGUGUGUGGCCAGCUGGGCUGUGGGAGAGCUGUGAGUGCCCAGGGUAGUGCCCACAUAGGUCAGGGUAGUGGUGGCAGGCCUACUUGGCUGGAUGAUGUUGGGUGUAAAGGCACUGAGAGCUCCCUCACAGAAUGCUCACAUGGAGGAUUGAAACACCAUGACUGUUUACAGGCUCAAGAUGCCAGAGUUGUCUGCUCAGUUAAACCUAAUAUCAGACUGGUCAAUGGGAGUGACCUCUGCUCUGGGAGGGUGGAGGUCUAUCAAACUGGUCACUGGCGGACCGUGUGUGAUGACGUGUGGGACUUGAAUGAUGCUGCUGUGGUUUGCAGACAGCUUGGCUGUGGGAGAGCUGAUAGUGCCCCAGAGAGGGCGUACUUUGGUCAGGGAAGUGGGCCCAUCUGGCAGGAUGAUGUUGACUGCUCUGGCACAGAGUGCUCCAUCACACAGUGCCCACACACAGGAGGAGGAACACAUAACUGUAAUCAUGGUAACGACGCAGGUGUUAUUUGUUCAGGGGUUGUCUUGCAGAAGCCUUCACUCUCCGCAGACCCGUCCUACUCUGCCUUCUUGCAUGGAGAGGAGGUCCAACUCACCUGCACUCUUCCAUCCCGUAUCCUCUGUAAUGCUGUGGAGUUCAUCUUCUAUCAGAAUGGAGAUUCCGUCAUGACCGUGACCGUUGGAUCCUCACAGCCCAGGGCUACUUUAACAAAGUUUAAGACGGACGCUUCACACCAGGGCAGUUACAGCUGUCUCUACAGAACCCUCUCCAACGGCAAAGCCAUCAGCUCCCCUUACAGCACCGUUACUAAAGUGGUCCUGCUACAGCCCAACAUCUCUCUCAGUCCUCCAAAUGGAGGGAUGUUUUGGGAACCUCAUGGGCCAGAGGUGACCAGGGGCCACAGCUUCUCCAUCAUCUGCUCCAUUCAGCCACAGUAUCCCGGAGGCCUCUUCUAUCUGGACUUCUUUGGUUCCAACAGAACAGAGACUACGCCACCAGUCAACCACUCUGCCUGCUUCCACUUCCCUGUAGCAGAGUAUACAGACCAGGGGAAAUACAGCUGCAGCUAUGGAGUCAACAUCUCCACCCGGUCAUUCAGGUCGGCUAAUAGUGAACUAGCUGUCACCAUUAGAGCCUCUAUGGUCCCCAUCAUUGCCUCUGGAGGGACUGGUGGCCUCGCACUCCUGUUUCUGCUUCUGCUUAUCAUCUGUGUCAUACUGCAUCCCCCUGUUACUGAGCCCCCUCUUGCCAAUGACUUUCACUAUGUCUAUGACACUUUCCAGCACCUGCCUUCUCCUGCGUACAUGCUCUAUGUGGGCAGACACCUGACUGCCACUGAGCAGACUGCCACUGAGCAGACUGCCACUGAGCAGACUGCCACUGAGCAGACUGCCACUGAGCAGACUGAGAUGGUGGAAAACUCAGAGGGUCUGGAGGGCCAGGGGGCCGAUUCCAGCGGAGGAGGCAGCUAUGCAGCCUGUCCCACAGCUCAGCCCGUAGCAGCCACCUUGCACCCUCCCCUUAGACGGGGGUCCACUGCCACCACUCAGGCAUGGACAGCCAGAACUCAUCAAAUGGUGUUGUGUUCAUUGGCAGCUGGUGAAGAGAUCAGGCUGGUCGAUGGCACUAGUCGCUGCUCGGGGACAGUAGAGAUUCUUUACAAGGGCCAGUGGGGAAGAGUGUGUGGCCAGAAGUGGGACGUAAACGAUGCAAAUGUGGUGUGUGGCCAGCUGGGCUGUGGGAGAGCUGUGAGUGCCGAAGGUAGUGCCCACAUAAGUCAGGGUAGUGGUGGCAGGCCUACUUGGCUGGAUGAUGUUGGGUGUAAAGGCACUGAGAGCUCCCUCACAGAAUGCUCACAUGGAGGAUUGAAACACCAUGACUGUUUACAGGCUCAAGAUGCCAGACUUGUCUGCUCAGUUAAACCUAAUAUCAGACUGGUCAAUGGGAGCGACCUCUGCUCUGGGAGGGUGGAGGUCUAUCAAACUGGUCACUGGCGGACCGUGUGUGACGACGUGUGGGACUUGAAUGAUGCUGCUGUGGUUUGCAGACAGCUUGGCUGUGGGAGAGCUGAUAGUGCCCCAGAGAGGGCCUACUUUGGUCAGGGAAGUGGGCCCAUCUGGCAGGAUGAUAUUGGCUGCUCUGGCACAGAGUGCUCCAUCACACAGUGCCCACACACAGGAGGAGGAACACAUAACUGUAAUCAUGGUAACGACGCAGGUGUUAUUUGUUCAGGGGUUGUCUUGCAGAAGCCUUCACUCUCCACAGACCCGUCCUACUCUGCUUUCUUGCAUGGAGAGGAGGUCCAACUCACCUGCACUCUUCCAUCCCGUAUCCUCUGUAAUGCUGUGGAGUUCAUCUUCUAUCUGAAUGGAGACUCCGUCAUGACCGUGACCGUUGGAUCCUCACAGCCCAGGGCUACUUUAACAAAGUUUAAGACGGACGCUUCACACCAGGGCAGUUACAGCUGUCUCUACAGAACCCUCUCCAACGGCAAAGCCAUCAGCUCCCCUUACAGCACCGUUACUAAAGUGGUCCUGCUUCAGCCCAACAUCUCUCUCAGUCCUCCAAAUGGAGGGAUGUUCUGGGGACUUCAGGGGCCAGAGGUGACCAGGGGCCACAGCUUCUCCAUCACCUGCUCCAUUCAGCCACAGUAUCCCGGAGGCCUCUUCUAUCUGGACUUCUCUGGGUCCAACAGGACUGAAUGGUGCCAUCAGUCAACGACUCUGCCUCUUUUUACUUCCCUGUUGCAGAGUAUACAGACGAGGGCAACUACAGUUGUGUUUAUGAGGUUAAUGUCUCCACCCUGUCAUUACAUUCUAUCGACAGAGUUGCUGACAGUCAGCAUUCAAGCAUCCAUAGUCCCAAUUAUUGCCUCUGGCGCAAUAGGUGGGCUACUGCUCCUGCUCCUGCUGCUGCUCAUUCCCAUUAAUGUUUAGUCUUGGAGGAAGAUAAGCAACAGAGAGCAGACUAUUACGAUCAACCCCAAGAGAAACUGCCAUUAGCAUGAACACACAUGGGAACACCGUGGGUGCAGCGAGUGAGGAAAACGAUGAAGAGGACGAUGUCAACGCAGAAGCCUUUGUCAACAAGAGCAAAGACGAAGACUUGAAAAAAAAGGAUGCCGUGCAGGAAAGUGUGUGAAAAUAACGAUUCAAAGAAACAAUGUCUGCAGUUAAUGAAAGGAUAACCUGUGCCAAGAUCCUGACUUGAAGUCCAGGCACGUAAACUCAAAUGUUUGUAUUCAUCCUCGGGAAUGCUCCAGGAGCCACGAACAAGUGUGGAAACAACCAAGGUGAAGGACCAGGUGAGGAAGAUGAGGACGUCUAUGAAAAUCCAGAUACCUUCACACGGGAUCGAUGAUGCCGAAGACAUGUACGAUGAAGACAAUGACCCUUUUGACCUGGAGCAGCUCGCUUCAUGUGAAGGCGGAGGGGAGAAUAUGACUAUGAAGAAGAUGACAACAUAUAGGCAAACUAAGAGUGAAGGCCUUGUAAUAGGCAUGUUGAUGCAGAGAUAUCGGUAACAGGAGAGGCUUGAAAGGUUAGCUUUGUGAGUUGAA